CUGCACUACGGGACCCUCCUGGGCAGCAGAGCUUGUGCCCACAUGGCAGCAGCUGCCUGGGCCAGUGGCUUUCUCAAUGCUCUGCUGCUCACAGCCGAUACAUUUUCCCUGCCCCUGUUCCAUGGCAAUGCUCUGGGCCAGUUCUUUUGUGAAAUCCCACAGAUCAUCAAGCCCUCCUGCUCACACUCCUACCUCAGGAAAUUUGGUGCUUCUGCUUUUACUACUUCCUUAGCACUUGGUUAUUUUGUAUUCAUUAUUUUCUCCUAUGUGCAGAUCUUCAGGGCAGUGCUGAGGAUUCCCUCUGAGCAGGGAUGGCACAAAGCCUUUGCCACCUGCCUCCCUCAUAUUGCUCUGGUCUCUCUGUUUAUCAGCACUGGCACAUUUGCCUACCUAAAGCCCCUCUCCAUUUCUUCCCCAUCCCUGGAUCUGUCCCUGUCAGUUCUGUACUCGGUGGUGCCUCCAAGCCUCUAG